AUGGCAACCACAACAACGUCGGCGGCCACGACGACGCCAGCACCACCACCGCCGACUCUGAGAUCAAAGUCAAAUAUCUCCACCAACGGCACCGUCCAGAUCAAGUCCUUCCGACAAACCCAACGACCGAGGCCACACAGCAAGUCAACAUCCGCGGUGCUGCCAUCACUAGCCCUGACUGGCGGUAAAGGGGGUUUAGACGAGGACGCCGAGGAUGAUGAGCCCGAAGUCAUCAACUUCGACAGCGAUGGCGACCUGCACCUCAUCGUCGGCGGUGGCAAGGUGAGCCCACAGCGCUUCGUCGUCUGCUCCCGGACUCUGGCACGGGCGAGCCCCGUCUUCAAGACGAUGCUGUUUGGUGCCUUCAGUGAGUCGAGGCCUUGCUGCUCCAGGAACGGUAGCAGUAGUAGUGGAAGCAGUGCCUCCGGUCGAAGCUUCAUGACUACCAGGUCGGGAGACAAUAGCAGCCCACUUUGUGGUGGAUUUGACGAAGGACCGGCCCCGGCUGGGAGCAUAGACGACGACGCUUGGACGAUCGAGCUUCCCGACGACGAUCCAAAGGCCUUUAGGACGCUCAUGGGUAUCAUUCACAGCAGCUUCAACUACGUCCCCGAUACUGUCGAGGUUGUCGAGCUGUUCCAGAUCGCCAUCUUAACCGACAAGUACGACAUGGCACACCUGCUGCGUCCGUGGUCGGAACAGUGGUGCGCGCGGCAGCGGACGCGGCGACACCCGUACAGACUCUGGAUUGCGUGGGUGCUGGGCGACGAUCUCAUGUUUGAGUCCGAAGCAAAGAGACUUGCUCUGGGAUGUCCGGUCAACAAAUGCGGACAGCUGCUGGUCAGGUGCACCAACGGCAACUUUCAGCCCCUGGAGUCUUUUGACUACCUUAGACUCCCAGAUAUUCUGGAAUCUAUCGCAGCAGUACGUUUCGAAGCAGCCGAAAAGAUACUGCAGAAGCUGUCGGCGGUGCACCGCAACCUAGCAACCGCCAACGGACGACACUGCAAAGAGCCCAGCGCGGCGGCACGGCAGGAGUGCCGGCUCGACUGCGAGAACGCUCUGCUCGGCUCCACCAUCAAGGCGCUCGACGCCAACGGGCUGUGGCCGCUGCCGCAGGCGCCGGCGUUGACCUACAGCCUCGACACGCUCGUGCAAAAGGUGGCGGCUACGGCGCAUAUGAUCCGCCCCCUGAGCUCUCGUGACAACAACAGCAGGAGCAGCGGCGGCGGCGGCGGGUCCGGUAUUCGCCACGUCGAGUGCAACCCUGCGGUGGAGCUUGAGGACUACGCCAGGAAGGUUUUGGCCAGCACCCCAAGUCCCGUACAGCACAUGCACCUGGCUCAUAUGGAGAACCAGGCAAAGAAGUCGGGGCUUUGGUUUGAAGAAAAGGAGCAGUGA